AAGGUUUCAAAUCUUUCUUUUCUAUUGCACGUUGCAACCAGAACCAGUAUUGGGGUGUUUUCGCUUGAGCCGUACGAGACGAAAUUCUCAUAUACGGUUCUUAGAGGGGAGUCCCUUCGCCUUCGGUUCACCUAUCUCAAUAAAGUAUAUGAUUGGUUCGAGGAGCGUCUCGAGAUUCAAGCGAUUGCAGAUGAUAUAACUAGUAAAUAUGUUCCUCCUCAUGUCAAUAUAUUUCAUUGUCUAGGAGGGAUCACACUUACUUGCUUUUUAGUACAAGUAGCUACGGGUUUUGCUAUGACUUUUUACUAUCGCCCGACCGUCACAGAAGCUUUUGCCUCUGUUCAAUACAUAAUGACUGAAGCCAACUUCGGUUGGUUAAUCCGAUCAGUUCAUCGAUGGUCAGCAAGUAUGAUGGUUCUAAUGAUGAUCCUGCACGUAUUUCGUGUUUAUCUCACAGGUGGUUUUAAGAAACCACGUGAAUUGACUUGGGUUACGGGUGUAGUUCUGGCUGUGUUGACUGCAUCCUUUGGGGUAACUGGUUAUUCUUUACCUUGGGACCAAAUUGGGUAUUGGGCAGUCAAAAUUGUAACUGGUGUACCUGAGGCUAUCCCUAUAGUGGGAUCGCCCUUGGUAGAGUUAUUACGCGGAAGUGCUAGCGUGGGUCAAUCCACUUUGACCCGCUUUUAUAGUUUACACACUUUUGUAUUACCUCUUCUUACCGCCGUAUUUAUGUUAAUGCACUUUUCAAUGAUACGUAAGCAAGGUAUUUCAGGUCCUUUAUAGAGAAGACAGAGCAU